AUGGGCUAUGAGGAAGGUGACCAUGCAUUGGUGCAGAAGGGAGGCAGGGAUGACACCUACGGCAGUGAGCUCCAAGCAGACGUCCAGCUGGGCAUCAUCCCGUUCUCGAGCAACGAGCAAAUUGCCAGCUUCAUCGAUGAUAUGCAGUGUCUGACAGACAAGACACGGGGCACCGAGUUCACAGACGAUGACUUGCUGAGGAUAAUGAUCGAGAACAUUGUGGAAGAGAAUGCAGUGGUGACAGUGUCAAGAAGCACCGAGACAAAAGUCGCUGAGUACAUCCUCACUGGCACUGCCAAAUACAGCAUCGGUGAUGAGCGCCAGAAGAGUCUGAUACUCCUCAAGGAGACGCAGGAGCUGCUGGCCGUGACAUUGCAGGGAGGCAGUGUCCAUGAAAAAGUGCAACUGAACCUGUCGGUGUACAGGUCCGUCACGCUGCCGAACAAUUCCGGCCAGCCUACAAUUCUGGGCAUCGAAGGGACUGAUCUCUACUUGUGCUGCCGUGGGACAUCAGAAAAGCCAAUCCUGAAGCUGGAAGAGGUUCAAGACAUCGAGAAGCUGAAAACCAUCAAGGAGGGGGACGACAUGAUGCACUUCCUGUUCCUGAAGAAAAACCACGGCCUCUCCAUGACCACGUUUGAGUCAGUUAUGUUCCGUGACUCGUUCAUCUGCACUGCUUCGGAUGAAAAAAAGCCCGCGGAAAUGUGCAAGACUCCAACACCCGGCAACCUCAUUUACUUUACGCUUCAUCAGAUUGUGCAGUAG